UUGGCCGAGUGAGCUGGCCAUCGAGCCUGGCAGCCAACAGGAUGGCGCUGUGUCUGUCUGAGUUAGCGGGCACCUCAAACACUGGGAUCUGAGCUCUGAGUGGUCCCUCUCUCUGUGUGAAGAGAGCUGGUCGGCCAGGAAACAAGCUCUGGUGUGCCGUGCUGAAGACCACCCGGCCCCACCCCCCCCCUCUCUCUCUCUGUCUCACUCACUCACUCACUCACUCACUCAGCGAUCUAUGAAAUCACAACACAAUCUCCCUGUCGGACACAUCUGUGAGACAGCUACGACUUUUACUGUACAUUCAGGCUGGGUUUCCUUGCUGCUGCUGGGUAUUUUAAUUUCCUUUUUGUUUUGCUGCUUAUUUAAAUCCACCCCUCCUCUCAUCUCUGCAGUGUUUCCAGCUGCCAAGAGAGAGAGAGAGAGAGAGAGAGAGAGAGAGAGAGAGAAAGAGAGACAGAGAGACAGAGAGACAGACAGAGAGAGAUAGACAGAAAGGAGCAAGGAUGCGUCUGUGAAUGAAAAAUCGGGCUCUGGCUUUUACCCAAGCGAACGUGUCUGCAUAUCAAACGCAGAAGGAAGGUGGAGACUGAACCGGCAGGCAGGCAGGCAGGCAGGCAGGCACUGAUUCCAUACAGUGUGCUGCUCCAGUCUAGAGGGAGAGACCACGAUCAGAGAGACUGCUGCCACUUCCUCUGUCUCUACUGCUGCUGCUGCUUCACAUAGCACAGCCCAUCACUACGGCAACCGGGAGAAUACAAAUAAAAAAAAAAGGAACCAGCCUGAUGAGUGUGCUCUUCUUACCUUUGGAACAGAGGGUAUGAAAUGGAAAAGGGAUUGUCUGUUUUCAGCAGCGCUGCACAGAGAGGAGAAACCAUUCUAGUAACAGGAAUGAACCACUGUCUACCCAUAGGAGAGGGGUAGUGAUAUGACAUCUUCUGAACAGAGGAACAAUACAUCGCUGGUUGCUGUGUGCAUUUUUUAUUUUUUUUUGUAUCCUGCUGCUAGGAGCCAGUGAGCUAACCUGUUUGCCUAUCAGGUAUUGGAUAAUUGUGUGUUUUCUGUGAUAAGGGUGCACCACCUGGCACAAGGAUUGUAAGCUCCCUGCACGCCUUGUUAUAGCCGGUACAGCAGAGUCAACCUGCUUUGCUGCUGCUGCUGAACGAGUAGUCGUAGCAGAAGGAGAAGGAGGAAGGAAGGACGGAAGGAAGAAGGAAAGGCUGCCCGUGUUGCUGCUGCUCUCUUUCUCUCUCCCUAUUUCCCGGGAGGAACAUGGGAUGUCGUCAAAGCUCUGAGGAAAAGGAGGCUGCCCGGCGUUCACGCAGAAUCGACCGCCACCUGCGAUCAGAGAGCCAGCGGCAGCGGCGUGAGAUCAAGCUUCUCCUCCUGGGCACCAGCAACUCGGGCAAGAGCACCAUCGUCAAGCAGAUGAAGAUCAUCCACAGCGGGGGCUUCAACCUGGAGGCGUGCAAGGAGUACAAGCCCCUGAUCAUCUACAAUGCCAUCGACUCGCUCACCAGGAUCAUACGGGCGCUCACCACCCUCAAGAUCGAUUUCCACAACGCUGACCGCGCCUACGAUGCAGUCCAGCUGUUUGCGCUCACUGGCCCGGCCGAGAGCAAAGGGGAGGUCACCCCGGAGCUGCUGGGGGUGAUGAAGCGUCUGUGGGCCGACAGCGGGGUGCAGGAAUGCUUCUGCCGCUCCAACGAGUACCACCUGGAAGACAAUGCGGCAUACUACCUGAACGACCUGGACCGCAUCGCCGCUCCGGACUACAUCCCCACCGUGGAGGACAUCCUGCGCUCCAGGGACAUGACUACCGGCAUCGUGGAGAACAAGUUCACCUUCAAGGAGCUCACCUUCAAAAUGGUGGACGUGGGAGGGCAGCGCUCCGAGCGCAAGAAGUGGAUUCACUGUUUCGAAGGGGUCACGGCGAUAAUAUUCUGCGUGGAGCUGAGCGGCUACGAUCUCAAGCUGUACGAAGAUAAUCAAACGAGUCGAAUGGCUGAGAGUUUGCGUCUGUUUGACUCCAUCUGUAAUAACAACUGGUUCAUCAGCACCUCCCUCAUCCUCUUCCUAAACAAGAAGGACCUGCUGGCAGAAAAGAUCAAGCGCAUACCGCUGACCGUCUGCUUCCCUGAAUACAAGGGCCAGAACACAUACGAGGAGGCGGCCGUCUACAUCCAGAGGCAAUUUGAGGACCUGAACCGCAACAAGGAGACCAAGGAGAUCUACUCCCACUUCACCUGCGCCACGGACACCAGCAACAUCCAGUUUGUCUUUGACGCGGUCACUGAUGUGAUCAUCCAGAACAAUCUCAAAUACAUCGGGCUGUGCUAGGGGGGGCCCAUCUAACUUGUGAAGGAACGGGGACCUUCAAAACAUGAGCUUGUGCAAGCAAGAGGAGAGAGAGACAGGGGGAGAGAGAGAGAGAGAGAGAGAGAGAGAGAGAGAGAGAGA